AUGCAGGUCUCUAGUCUGCUCUCAGCUGAGGAACACAAGACAUCGAAGACAAGGAUGCCUCCUGCCAAGUCCAUCUCCUUCGAGCUCCUCCUAGACGAGGGCUCCAAGACCAGGGCCAGGAUUCCACUGCGGGUUGUGCUCAAUACGCAUGACAGCACAGAGUCGAUCAUUACAACCGUCAAGAACUUCUAUGGCAUAUACGAUGGGAAUGGAGUGAGCUUCGAAGAUGCCUGGGGCAAUACUCUCAUUGCCUCAUAUGAAAAUCUCGCCCACAACUCUACCGUCUACGUGCGCAUUGUGCCAGCGCCGCAGGCAGCUUCGAAUGUGUACCCACAUGGUUUGCACACUGGCGAGAGUGCGUAUGAACCUAGACGCAGGCCCAGUUUGGGCGAGCCCUUUCAAAUGUUACCACCUCACAUGCGCGAGCAAUCCCACUCGCCUUCUAGGCCUGCGUCGAGAGUUGCGCGUAAGCGAAGCAUUUCUCCCACGCAAGGGCGAGGCCGUCGAAGUGCGUCGCAGCAGAAAGGGACAUCUUAUACGGCUGCCAGCCGAGGAUCAAGUGCCACUGGAAGCUAUCAUGACGAGAACGGAUAUAGCGACAGUGAGGCCGGGCGCAGCUCAAUCUCUGGAUCCAAGAAAGCUAGAAGCGAGCCUUUUGCUAGCUCUGACAUCAGUACUGCGAACGUCCUCCAAGAUGGUCGACGUGGGCAGCCCAUCUUUGACAGUUCGACCCUUCCUCUUUUUGUGCCUCCCCAGGUCCCGGUGACUGCAUCUCAGUCUUCCAUAUCACCUCAACGACGUUCGCUCCCCCAAGAAGGCCCUUCGCCCUUGCACCCUUCGGGACAGAAGAUCUAUGGACUACAAAUGGUCCCGGUCCUCUCUCCGCAGAGCUAUGGACCCAGUCCCAAUGGGUUCGCUGGUGGCGAUCGAGGAGCAGGCGCCGAUUUGGCAACACCUAUGCACCAGCAUGGUCACCGGCUCCGCGACAGAUCAUUCAUGCAGCAAACCCAUGUUGGGAGACAAGGGUAUAGUGGGAACGGGGUCCUGCCGACACCGGACCCCACGGUCGCAAGUUGCAUUUCAGAUGAAGACGUGGCCCGUACAUUGAUUGCCUUGGGCGACGCCUCCAAUUACUCUCAUGGUCGUACCUCGAAUUCGACCAUGGAUGAGACUUUCAGUGGUGUUGCCGAUGCGGCUUCCUCGACUGGUGCUACAAGUGAUAGCGAUGAAUACAGUGAUGCAGAAGGCGGCCUCCCAAAACACAGAAAGUAUCUUGACGAUGAGGACGAGGAGUAUGCUCAAAACAGCACCAAGGGUGAUCACGAGGAGCACGAAGGCCUGCCCAAAACCAAGAAGAUCAAGACCAAGAUGCACGACGGCCCGUCUAAUGGAUACCGGCCCAAGUCGUCUGGGUUAUUGAAACAUGGUAAAUCGUCCAAACCUAGGCCAAACAGUUUUCCAAAACCUGCCAAGCACUCGACACAGCCUGGCCUCAUGAAGGCGCCGUCCGCACCAGCCUCUGCCGGGCAGGUCAGGAAGUUGUCUGGUUCAAGCCUCAACUUCCAACACCAACUCGCUGCGGAUGAGGAAGAUCUGUCUUCCAAACCUCGAUGCCAGCGAUGUCGAAAGAGCAAGAAAGGUUGUGAUCGCCAGCGACCUUGCGGGCGCUGCAAGGAUGCCGGUAUUGGAAUUGAAGGGUGCAUCAGCGAAGACGAAGGCAACGGCCGCAAAGGGCGAUAUGGCAGGCACAUGGGGGUUCCGGUCAAGAAAAGUGCCGAGGACCUUCUCCCUGAACAGUCUGACUCGGUCAUGACUACGGCAGACAUUUCAGCUGACUCAACGCUGAUUCAUGGUAGCCCCGACAAGAACAAGAAGAGAAAGAGGUGA